AUGUCAGAAUCAAGCGGGCUGACGGCCCUUGCGCUUGUACUGUCCUUCACUGCUUUGAUCAUCGCCGUCGUCCAGCUACUACAGUCGGUCUUUGGCACUGCUGAGGGCUUUCGAAGAACAAAUAAAGAGAUCAUGGGCAUCUUUGCACUCAGUCGCGACCGUGUCUUUCAUUGGACAGAAUUCAGGUUCGAGACGAAGUUCACCACUCCACACUUCACCUUUCACAAUGUGCUCAGUGAGACAUCGCUUCUUUCCAGGAUCGAAGGAAAUGACCCUUUCAGGCAGGAGACCUUCAGCAGAUUCAUUCUGGCCAUUGCGAACAGCGACAACAGGUUUAACGACCUAAAGGCCUUAAUCAGAUCUUCUACCAAAAUCAGUGGACUGCAGCAAUUUCUCAACAGAUUCAAUCCCUCUUACGGAUCUUCACACCAACAAACACUACAGCCAGGAUCUCAGGCUUUCAGCGCUAGUUGGCUGAUCUUACUUGAGCAACUCUACUACGACGAGAAGAAGUUCAAUCAAAGUACCGACAAAUGCAGCUUCAUCUACACUAGAUCAGGUACGAGGGGCAUUAGCCUUGGACCGGAUCGGAGGCAGAUACUGUAUCCUGCUAUUGAAAACCACCUUCAUUCUUGGGACCUGUUGCCUCCUGACGUUGUGAGGCCAUUUGCUUCGAUCAGCUUGGGCGAUCUUCUCACAUUAUGUUUCAGACUACGACUUACAGUCCAGGAUCUGAGGCCUGGACACUUUAGUGCGGAUGGAUACGGCAACAAUUUCGCUUCCUUGCAAAUCCAAGGUCUAGGCAUGAUUGUCCAAUAUCGCUAUGACCCGUCGAACGACAAGGCAGAUCCCGUCUACCUUGGUAACACGAAAUACGUUCCAUCUGAGAGCACUGACAAACUUGCGUUUGGCAUCAUCCCGCGGCAUGAGCUUCUCGGCAUUCAACAAGACUGGCCUCUAGGCGAGUGCGAAAAUCCGGAGAGCUUCCCAGACGCAAUGAAGAAGCAUUUCAGAGACAUAGGGAUUCCCGAACAGCAGCUUCGCGAAGUAAAGACACGAAAGGACAAAGACAAGUGUGAUACUUGGCGGACGUUUGCAGACUCUCUGUUACUAAUUGCCCCCUUCCUGCCUAUUGAUGGACUCGGCAUGGUGAAAUACCAGCCGCCAAUGCCAGAGGAGUGGAGUGGCUCUACCCUCACCGUUCGCGAGGGGCGAAUUAUACUGUGGCAGCGCCUAAACGAAAUCCUGCCUGGCCUGAAGGAAUCAUCCAGCUCUCUCACAAUGAUGUCUUCUCUGACCGAAAGCUCUGCACCAUCGCAACUCCACUGGGUCUGUCGCGUGCUCAAUUUCUUCGAGACAAAAUACCGCAACAGUUUUCACAAUGAAAACAGAUGCUUUGGAUCUUUCAUGGGGAGGAACGGCUACAAUGCAAGAGCUCAUGAAUUCCUCCGAGACAUUCGAUCUGCAGCUGUUGAGGCGGAUAGCUAUCUGGCCUCCCUGUUCAACCAACCAAAUUCCAUCCCAACGUACAUACACCUGGUGGCUGCUCAUCAGCAGAUGGCCAUUACGCUACACACAGAAGUCAAUCAGCAACUUCGUGAAACAGAGAACCAAGACAGGCGCAGCGGAUCCAGCAGGACACCCCCAAAGUUCAGAGUCGCAUCUCAUUCUCCCGCUCGUGAGCUACACAAGGGGUUGCUGGAGAUCGUACACCGCUACGUCGACUGUGCCAUCGAUGGCAGGACCAUUAUUGAAGCCUACCGGGCGAAAAUCAAAGGGUUGGAAGACUCACAAGGCCGGCAGCCUCCCGCGCUGGACGAUGAACAGAUCAGAGCAGGUUGGUAUACCAUGAUGUUAAGAGCCUGUUUGUGGAGCAUGGUGCACCUUCCCAUCUCGCGUCCCAACCUUCCUUAUCCGAGUCGGUACUGGAAAAAUAACACAUUGGUGCUGAUGGCGUGA